AUGGAAAGUAAAAUGGAUGUAACGUUUGAUGAUGAUGAGGAAGGUGAAUUUAUUAAUUGGAAAGUCACCGAUGGCGCUUACGUAUCCACUGAUACCAUUCUUCUCAUCUAUAGCAGCAGCAAAAGUGGUGAGAAAAAAUCGUUAAAAACUUCUGUAUCCGGUGUAGUUACUAUUGAUACUACCAUUAAAAAAGGGAAAAAAUUAAAAAAGGAUAUGAUCGUUGCAAGUUUACGACCUUGUACUCAUGCGAUUGUUAUCAAAGAUAUGUGUGCAUCGUGUGGUAGAGAUUUAAGAGGUAAACCAGGAACUUCUGGAGAUUUGAUGGAAGCCAGUACUGCGAACGUAUCAAUGAUACACCAUGUUCCUGAAUUGAUUGUCUCUGAUGAGUUGGCUCGAAAGAUAGGCAAUCGAGACCGCGAACUGCUUUUAAAAGCACAAAAGUUGGUGUUGUUGGUUGAUUUGGAUCAAACACUCAUACAUACAACCAAUCACACUUUUAAAGUGGAUAAAGAUACGGACGUUUUACAUUAUAAAUUGAAAGGAACUAAUUUCUACACGAAAAUUCGUCCAUAUGCACGCGAAUUUUUGCGACGAAUGGCUGAACUAUAUGAAAUGCAUAUAAUUAGUUAUGGAGAAAGACAGUAUGCACAUCGUAUCGCUGAGUUUUUAGAUCCUGAUAAGAUUUAUUUCGGCCAUAGGAUAUUGUCACGCGAUGAAUUAUUUUGUGCGAUGUAUAAAACAAGAAAUAUGCAAGCAUUAUUUCCAUGUGGUGAUCAUAUGAUUGUGAUGAUUGAUGAUAGGCCUGAUGUUUGGCAAUACUCAGAUGCCCUUAUUCAGGUAAAACCAUAUCGAUUCUUUAAAGAAAUUGGUGAUGUCAAUGCGCCGAGAUGUGAAAAAGGUGAAAGUAUUCAUUCUAGCAGUUAUGCGGAACAGGAUAUGGAAUCCGAAGAUGACGAAUCAUUGGAAUAUGUUGCAGUGGUCCUUACUAAAAUACACAGGGCUUUUUAUGAACUGUUUGACGAUGCAAAAGUAAAUCGUUUUCCGGACUUGAAAGGAAUAAUAUCAUAUUUUCGAAAACAAGUGUUGCGUGAUUGUUCGGUAGUAUUUAGUGGUAUUGUACCCGUCGGUGUUGAUAUUAAGAAAACAGAAGCAUACCGAUUAUGUGUGCAAUUUGGUGCAGUUGUUACCGAUAAUGUGAGUAAUUCCACAACUCACGUGAUUGCUGCACGGUGGGGCACAACGAAAGUUCAUGAGGCGCAAAAACUACCAAAUAUAUCUAUAGUAAAUCCUAAAUGGUUAUUUGCCUGUGUCGAAAGAUGGGAAAAGGCGGAUGAAAAAGAAUUCGAAUUGUUGAAGGAUGAAGCACGAGGUGCGGAAAGACUUCACGGUGGGACUAUUGUCGUUGAUGAAAUCUCAAGGCUACCUAUACUGGGCAAAGAAGCCUUGUCGCGUAUGACUGAUGAAGUUGAUGAGGCAUUACUGGAGGAUAUGUCCGACAAUGAUGAUGAAAAUCUAGAAGAAAAAUCACUGACGAGUUCAUCCUCAAGAGAAGAGGGACCUGUGAAACGGAGAUAUGAAAAAAACGAUGAUGAAAGUAGUGCCUCAUCUAGCAAGAAACAGGCUUUGGAAAAGGAAGAAGAGAAUGAAUUCGACAAAUCAUCGUCUUCCAUUGAAUCACAAUCAUGUUCCGGUGAGUCAGAAUCAGAUGAUGACGAUAUGGCAGCUGAUGUUGAGCGGCAGUUUUUUGCAAUGUAA